CUCGAGUGUCGGCGGCAGGAGGGUUGGCAGGCUGGCGGCAGGUGCUGCCGCGGCCGCCGCCGCCGCCGCCGCCGCCGCCUCCGCCUCCGCCUCCGCCUCCGCCUCCUCCGCCUCCUCCUCCUCCUCCGAGUCCCGGGUCUGCUCGUCCUCUCGCGGUGAUGAGCUGAGCCCCGUCGGGGGCUGCACCUGCCGGCUGCCCAUCACCCCGGACCUCCCGGCGUGACCUCGGCCUCCUCGCGUGCCCGGCCCCCGCGGCGGGCGCCGAGCUGCCCCUGAGAGGGAGCGGCAGCGGCCUCCUCCGACCCGAGUCCUCGCUCGGGGGGCCGCGCGGGGAGAGCGCCCGGCCCCCUCCCCUCCCCAGUCCGCCGUCCUCGAUGUCUCCCCGGCGGGGAGGGGGCUGCCUGGGAGACGCGCUGAGCGGACCCCCCCGGAGGCCCAUCGGCGGCAGCAGCAGCGACCAGCCCGGCGACCCGAAGCCUCCCCCGGCGGCGGCGGCCUGGAGGAGCCGCGCACCCGCCGCCGCCCCCGGAGCCUCGCAGCCGCCGCCGCCGCCCGGCGCCCGAGGAGAGGGCGGCGGGCGCCCCCCAGGGAAGAUGAAGGCGGAGGGGGGCGACCACUCCAUGAUCAACCUGUCGGUGCAGCAGGUCCUGAGCCUCUGGGCCCAUGGGACGGUGCUGAGGAACCUUACGGAGAUGUGGUAUUGGAUCUUCCUCUGGGCUCUCUUCUCCUCUCUAUUUGUCCAUGGUGCUGCAGGAGUGUUGAUGUUCGUGAUGCUACAGAGGCAUCGGCAGGGGAGAGUAAUCUCUGUCAUUGCAGUCAGCAUCGGAUUUCUGGCUUCCGUGACUGGAGCAAUGAUUACUAGUGCAGCAGUCGCUGGCAUUUACAGAGUGGCAGGGAAGAACAUGGCCCCCUUGGAAGCACUGGUGUGGGGCGUUGGACAGACCGUACUGACAUUAAUCAUCUCCUUUUCAAGGAUCCUCGCCACACUCUGAGGUUUCUGUGGGCAUGUCUUACUUCACAUAAGGAAGCAGAUGUACAGAUUCUCUGAAAAUGGCAUUGUUAACAAGUGGGAAUGAAAUUGUACAAGAAUGUGGAAGGAGCAGGUCAAAACAUAAGGCCUUGAGCUGUGUGGGAAGAUUGCCCUCUGGUGUUCAAGUGAUUGCACUACCGCACUGCACCUUACGUGCCUCCGUCCCAGGCAAGGCGCAUGACACUACGUGAAGCUACAAGAAAAAGCACCUUGUUUAGCUGCCAAUCAGGUUAACACUGGCAUUGAACCAUCAUUCUUAACAGUGUUGUGUUAAGUUACAGGGACGUUUUGAAGAAUUGACAUAUGUGCCAAACUCUUUUCUUUUUUUAACAUUGAUCAUGUGAAAUUUGCAAGUGUAGACGUAGAUGAGUGCUGUGAACAUAUCUGACAUGAAUUCAGGUGGUGUAGUGAGAUUUUUGUUUUGUAACGCUAAAUCCCGUAUGAGUGCUGAAUACCGAAUCAUUUAA